GAAAAGAUUAGGAAUUGGACAAUCUCAAGAAAUGAACACGCUCUUCCGCUUCUGGUCCUUCUUCUUGCGACAAAAUUUCAAUCGUGCCAUGUAUGAAGAAUUUAGAACCUUAGCAAAAGAAGAUGCCUUAGAAGGUUACCGUUAUGGACUSGAGUGUCUAUUUCGAUUUUAUAGUUAUGGUCUGGAGAUCAAAUUCAGAUCUAUGUUGUAUCAAGAUUUUCAAUUGGAGACGAUAGAUGAUUACGAGCGUGGACAACUGUACGGUYUAGAGAAGUUCUGGGCUUUCUUGAAAUAUUAUAAAAAUUCUGCGAGUCUUUAUAUUGAUCCGCAAUUGCAAGAAUAUUUGUCCAAAUUCAAUAGCAUCGAAGACUUCAGAGUCGAAGAGCCUCAAAUUAACGAGAUGCUUCAAGGAUUUUCGAUAAAUGCUCAACCAUUUGCAUCGAACAAACGUAAUAGAAGUCUUUCCGAAAGUGGAAGUGGAUAUGUAGGAGGUGUAGGUGCAGUUGCAAUUCCAGGUGCAAGUGCAAGUGGAAGUGGAAGUGCAAGUAGUGUAAUUGAUAGUGCUUCUGUAAAUAUAGUCAGACGAUUUUCGGGUGAUUCUUGUGCGGUUAUGUUAGCAACAACGUCUAAUAACGAUGCAAUUAUUAAUAAUCAAAAGACACGUAUGGACAUGAGUAAUAAUGCAUCGCAUGUUCGUAGUAGAGCAUGUUCUUUCGGUUCUGGAAAAAUGGGAUAUUCAAGACGAAAGAAUGAUUCAGGUGCAUCGUCGAGUAGUAAUCAGCGUGAUGUAAAUAAUAAGCAACAACAAACAAGAAGUAGACCAAAUUCUUGUUCCCUCUCGAGUAAAUCUUACGAGACCAGUAAAGUUUUAAACACUGCCAGAAAUCAAUCUACCAACAAGAACGAACAACAACAGAAGCCUUGAACUUGAAAUACUUCAUCGAUGCAUUAGAUGUGAUCAAUUUAUUUAUAAUUUGUCUAUGAAGUAUCACUUUUCUUCUGAAAUAUCGAUAAAGGAAAAGGUGAAAAAAUUAAUUCCAGACAUAUUAUUUCUAUAAUUGACUAUUUCACCAUUGUCAAUUGUAUUUAUGAUAUUCAUAAAGGACAAAUUAAAGAGAAAGAGGUAGUGAAAAACCUUUUUCGUUGAAUUAUUUUCUAUGAUGACGAAUAAAAUGAAUAGUUCAUUUGAUCACAAUAAAAUUAUGUUCAGAAAUAUGAGAAACUUUUGACAGUUCGUUGGGGUAAGCCAACUAAGAAACGUGCUGUGAAAAAUAUAACGGAACGGCCCGUAAAACACACAUUUUUGGUGAAACUCUCGCUUGUAUAUAUUUGCCGCGAAUCGUUGUUAUAUAUUGUAUAUGCCUUUCUUGUGUUUUAAAUUGACUAAUAUGAAUUAAAGUAGUCUUUACUUUAAUUAGAUGAAGGAGAAGGAGAAGAAGAAAAAAGUAAAAAAGUUGGCAAAACUUUUACUCCAAUAUUUCAUCUAAAUAAUGAUAAUUGAUAAAAAUAUGCAGUGAUGUAGUAUCUGCAUAUUUAAGAAUACAUAUACUAUUUAUUACUAUCGCUACCAACUGUUAUUUCUAGUGAUACUAUUACUAUUAUUCUUAUUAGUAAUAAUAUUACUAUUACUGUUUUUGCUGGAUAUUACUAUCAUUGCUAUAAACAAUAAUUAUUAUUGUUUAUAUUGCUACAGUCUAUAAU